UAGGGGGUAUAAGACAACAGCCGAGGGAACAGCGUUGAUCAUAUGUUCUCUGGCAGUGGCAGGGUUACGGUGCGCGUUUACGGUGUAGUUACAAAAGUCUGCAGUGCGCUGUAAUAGCGUUGUCGAUAGCAUAGUCCCGAGCUGCUGACACCUUCGAGCGGUGUUUUUGAAGAACUGCCAUGAAGUGGACGAUUGCCUUCGCUGCCUGCCUCGCAAUUGUUUCAGCGCAAAAUUCCACGCUACCAGACUCUCAUCAGAAUGUGACUUCCCACCCGGAGACCACAGCCAACAAUGCCACGCCAACUGGCUUCACCAAAGACUACCACCACAACACCACCCAAGGAAGCCACUGUUAACAGCUACAAUGUGACUGUGCCAGGCACAAACAACACCUGCAUCCUGCUCAAGGCAGCCAUCCAGCUCGGGGUCACUUACGUCACAGUUGAUGAGCAGCAGGUGAGGGAAGCCAUCCUGGUCCUGGACAAUGAGACGGUGGUCGACCGCGAACGCAGCAGCUGCAGCUCUUCCCUUGGCGAGCAGUCCCUUGUGCUGCGCUUUGGCAACAACAGCCUCUCCUUGGUGUUUGCCAAGAAUGGCACCGUCUACCUGCACAGGGUCACCGUCGACUACACCACCAGCCCGGCCCUCUUCCCACAUGCUGCAAAGCCUGUGGAGCACGUGACGGUGGAGAACAACACGCUGGUGCUGUACAGUGUGCCCGAGGAUCGUUCCUACCACUGCAACGUGAAGCAGCCCGUCUACGUGGGUGCAAAUGUCACCCUGGAUGUGCUCACCAUUCAGCUGCAGGCCUUCAUGAACACUACUGCGGAGACAACGGGACAGUUCGGUGACGCUGUGGAAUGCUCGGCAGGCGACAUCAGCAACAUUGUGCCCAUUGCAGUUGGCUCUGCACUGGCAGCCCUGGUGAUAAUUGUGCUCAUCGCCUACCUCAUUGGCCGCAGCAAGAGCCGGCAAAAGGGCUACCAGUCUGUCUAGGAGUUUCCUCUCAAAUGCCCUUCCUGGCACUUCCGUUUCGUUAACGUUUCACUUGUUUCUCUCAACACUCACUGAAAAUGGAGAUGCCCAGAGGCCUGCUUUCCCACUCCUUCCCUGUUAUUUGUAAUGAGACACGCAGGAGUGUGCAUUUUUGUGACUGUGGAACAUCGUAGCAUUGGUGCCUAGCUAAAACACACCUAUUGGAGCGUGUUGGCACCUGCGGCAUGAGACACUUAUUAGCACUGGAGAGGCCGCAUCUGUGCAGUUCGACGAUUGAUUUGUGUGGCUACAAAUAUUUUUUCAGGUAAUAUGCUCGUGCUUCCCUCUGGAACUGCAGAGAGUGUACAUAUAGGGAAGGAGCCACAAGCGUUGGCUCCUAUGUGUAGUCUAUUCAUUUCCUAGGUUUUUAACUUUGAGGGGAGGGAAAACAUUGCUCCCGACUGGGGGCUGCUGUAGCAUGCCACAAUUGAUGUGUAGUGGUAUCCUCUCCGGCAGAAGUACUUUUUUGGGUGUUUGAGUGUUUUUACUGAGAGUCAAUAAACAACUACUUUCUAGACAA